UUCCUUUAUUUUGAGUUUACAAUUGAUUUAAGUGAUUAUUUCGUUUUCAUAUAGACUCUUAAAUGGUUUGCAAUAAUUAUUAUAUUCAUAUAGACAUUGCACAAAAUGUACAGACUGUUGGUUUGUAUUAGUAUUUUUAUUAUGCCCGUCCUUCCAUGUUUUGGACUCUAAGGGACGCUACUGGCCUACAAAUAAUUUUCUCUGCGUUGACGUGAAGCAAUCCUCCCUCCAAAUGACGAGGCAUUGUAGGAGCAUUUCUCUCUUUUGUUGGCGGUGAGUGCAAACGAUAGAGGACUCUUCUAUGCUUUGCAUUUGCAAGUUAACAUCGAAUUGGUUGAUGGAAACAGGAAAAGGAUUAUUUACCAGAGGAAAUCAUCACAUUUUAUUUAUUUUUGUCACCAUGCGCGCAAACGGAUAUUUCUCUUUUUCAUGCGCAAAAUGGAGAUCGUUGAACGGAUGCCGAUGGCAAAUAGGAUCGCUCAUGUUCCUUCUUCAUUUGGUCACCACGGUAGGUGGUCAGAUUCGUUAUUCUAUCCCAGAAGAGAUGAAGAAAGGCUCGGUGAUCGGUAAUGUGGCGCAAGAUCUUGGCUUGGAUGUGAAAAGGCUGCGUUCAGGGCGGGCCCGCAUUUUGACAGAAGACAACAUCCAGUACACCGAGCUGAAGACAGACAAAGGGCUUCUCGUUGUUAAUGACAGAAUAGACCGGGAGCAGCUUUGUGGAGAUGUGACGCCAUGUAGCUUCAGCUUUGAGGUCAUUUUAGAAAACCCGAUUGAAUUGCACAGAAUCAUUGUUGAGGUUUUGGAUAUAAACGAUCAUGCUCCCAUCUUUGCAAAUAAAGAUAAAGCUCUAAUAUUUGAAAUAAGUGAAUUUACUGCAGUAGGAGUGCAGUUUCCUCUGCAAAGUGCAGAGGAUGAAGAUGUAGGGCAAAACGCAUUACAGAAUUACAUUUUGUCACCAAACGAUCAUUUUAUACUGAAUCAGCAUGCAAAUCCAGAUGGCAGCAAAUAUGUUAAAAUGGUGCUCCAGAAGCCUUUAGACAGAGAGCAACGUCCCCAUUUGUCUUUAAAAUUAAUUGCAGUGGAUGGAGGAACACCACAGAGAUCUGGUACAGUAAAUAUAGAAAUAAAUGUUUUAGACGCAAAUGACAACGAACCCAUAUUUAAUCAAUCAACAUAUAAAGCAGCCGUUAUAGAAAAUGCAGCAAAAGGAACUAGUAUAAUUACUGUAAAUGCUACAGAUGCUGACAGUGGUUCAAAUGGACUCAUUAUAUAUAGUUUGUCUAAAAUAAAAGGUAGUGCAGCAGAUAUAUUUAAUAUUGAUGACAAAACAGGCACAAUUUAUGUGUCUGGUCAACUCGAUUAUGAAAAGGACAGAAAAUAUGAAGUGAGGGUGGAAGCAAAGGAUCAAGGUGGGCUUACUGGGACCAGUAAAAUUAUAUUUGAUGUUAUAGAUGUAAAUGACAACGCUCCAAUUAUUAAUGUAAAAUCAUUCUCCAGCCCUCUUUCUGAGGAUUCGCCUCCUGGUACAACAAUAGCAGUUCUAAACAUAAAGGAUGCAGAUGCUGACAGAAAUGGACAAAUAACAUGUUCAAUAGAUGGAAAACUACCUUUUAAAUUGGAGAACUCUUUGACACAUUAUUACAAUUUGAUUUCAGAUCAGUACUUUGAUAGAGAGUCUGUCCCAGAAUAUAACAUAACAAUAACCGCCACUGAUCUCGGAACACCCCCUCUUUCUACCUCAACAAAGUUACAUCUUAGAAUCUCAGACAUUAAUGACAAUGCACCAUUAUUUGAUAAAAACAUUUAUUCUGCUUAUGUCUCAGAGAAUAAUUCUCCUGGCAUUUCCAUAUUUGCUGUCACUGCCAGAGAUGCUGAUUGGAAUCAAAACGCGAGAAUAUCUUAUCUUUUAGAGGACACACAGAUAAGUGGCAGUCCUGUUUCUACUUAUGUUUCUCUAAAUUCUGAAACUGGAGUUAUUAGUUCUGUUCGAUCAUUUGAUUAUGAGCAAAUUAAACAACUGGACUUGGUGGUCAGAGCUCAGGAUGGAGGCUCUCCUCCUCUCAGAAGCAACGUGAGCGUUCACAUCCUGAUCCAGGACCAGAACGACAACACCCCCCAGGUCCUGUACCCGGUCCAGACGGGCAGCUCGGUGCUGGCUGAAAUGGUGCCUCGUUCAGCAGAUGUGGGCUAUCUGGUGACUAAAGUGGUGGCUGUUGAUGUGGACUCUGGACAGAACGCCUGGCUCUCCUAUAAAGUGCACAAAGCCACAGACAGGGCGCUGUUUGAAGUGGGCCUACACAAUGGAGAAAUAAGAACUGUCCGCCAAGUCACUGAUAAAGAUGCCGUCAAACAAAGACUGAGUGUUCUAGUGGAGGACAACGGGCAGCCCUCUCGUUCAGCUACAGUCAUUGUUAACGUGGCGGUGGCGGACAGCUUCCCUGAAGUGCUGUCAGAGUUCACUGACUUUAGCAUGCACGACAAGGAGUACAAUGACAAGCUGACUUUUUACUUAGUCUUGGCUUUGGCUGUGGUCUCCUUCCUCUUCAUCACCUGCUUGCUGCUCAUCAUAUCAGUCAAAGUGUACAGGUGGAGACAGUCUCGCGUCCUGUACCACUCCAACCUCCCUGUCAUUCCAUAUUAUCCACCACGUUACUCAGACACUUUGGGGACAGGGACUCUCCAACACGUGUACAAUUACGAGGUGUGCAGGACCACCGACUCCAGGAAAAGUGACAUGAAGAAUAUGCAAGCCAUGAGUCAAAGUUUAGUGAGUGUGGAUGGAGCUGAUGCUGAUACACCACAUGUGACCAAGCAGAUGUCAGGAAACUUUUCACAGAUGUCAACUUUGGUGAGUGAAACAUUUCACCUUUUUUUUCUAUUUUUAAAACUUACACAGCUCACAAGAGGUUACAAUAAAAUCACAUUGCAACUUGAAGAUUUUGUUUCUACACAGUUAUUUAGGAACAUUAAGGUAGACUUGCCAUGUUACUCCGAUACGAUCUAUCUUGACUCCUGUUGUUUGACACUUUUUUGAUCAUUGUUGAAAAAUUCAUAUCACACACUUUGACUGGAAUUUUUUUAGCUUCAGGGUUUUAAACUGCAUUACAUUUGUAAUCAAAGCUCCUUUUUUGUGUACAUAUAUUUUACUGUCUAGUAUAUUGAAAUCAUAAACUUUCAUCAUUUAGCCACGUGGUCUGGUUUUGCAUCAUGUUAGGCAAUAAAGACUGUCUUUCUUUUAGCAGUUCAUACCUUUUCACCUUUAUCCACACUU